AUGACAAUUCUAUUGUACCGCUGGAGCUCUAGAUCAUUGAAACCUAGCCUUAGAGACGAGCAUUCUUCAAAGAGAGAAGUCCUGAUCGAUGCAGAUGCGCCAAACAAUUGUUCAGAAAACGCUACAGUUGUGAACAUCAGAGCUUACGCAGAGGCUUACACGUACCCUUUGGGGUUGCCGAGCGCGGAAACCCUGUCCGUGCGUCUCGAGACGAGUUAA